GCGUUGGAGGGCCAGCCAAGCCAACCAGUUGAAAGAGGAGAGGGCAGCCACUGCCAGCCACUUUCCGGUUAUUUUCCCUCUGUUUUGACUUCAAUUCUGGACGUUAAUUCGUGAUUUUGCCUUUCCAAAACCCAAAACACCGCCAUUUCAAUCCCCUUUUCCCCUUUUCUUCUCUCUGUUCUUUCAAUUGGAGAUCGAUCUCUUCCUCUUCGCGAUCAUCGAACCCCUAAUCCCUUUUUUUUUCAAUUUUCCUUCUACACCUCGCCUGCAGCCGCUUCUGAUUCUCCGAACUAGCGUGUUUAUCCCAAGUGGGUAGCAAAAUUAUGGGUACCCCUGAGAAGAAUGAGAGUAAGGGUGGCUUCUUUGCUGCCAUGACUUCUGGAAUUUCCAAGCUUAGCAACGCCAUGCACCGAUCUGUUAAUGGGUUUCUCGGCUACGAAGGCGUAGAAGUUAUAAAUCCAGAAGGAGGCAAAGAAGAUGCAGAAGAGGAAGCUCAGAGAGGAAGAUGGAAACAAGAGGAUCGCGAAAAUUACUGGAAGGUGAUGCACAAGUAUAUUGGUUCGGACGUCACAUCGAUGGUCACUCUUCCAGUAAUCAUCUUUGAACCAAUGACAAUGAUUCAGAAAAUGGCUGAGUUAAUGGAAUAUUCGCACUUGUUGAAUCUGGCGGAUGAAUCCGAGGACCCUUAUAUGCGGUUGGUAUAUGCAUCAUCAUGGGCUAUAUCAGUGUAUUAUGCUUAUCAAAGGACUUGGAAGCCUUUUAAUCCUAUUCUUGGAGAGACCUAUGAAUUGACUAAUCAUAAUGGGAUCAGUUUUCUUUCCGAGCAGGUGCGUCAUCACCCCCCGAUGAGUGCUGGGCACGCUGAGAACGAGCAUUUUUGUUACGAUGUGACUUCGAAGUUGAAAACCAAGUUUUUAGGGAACUCGCUGGAUGUCUAUCCUGUUGGAAGAACACGGGUGACUCUCAAACGAGACGGUGUAGUAUUAGAUUUGGUGCCACCGCCCACUAAAGUUAACAACUUGAUAUUUGGAAGGACCUGGGUCGAUUCACCUGGAGAGAUGAUAAUGACCAAUUUAGCUACGGGCGAUAAAGUUGUACUAUAUUUUCAACCAUGUGGAUGGUUCGGUGCCGGGCGUUAUGAAGUUGAUGGUUAUGUUUAUAACUCGGCCGAGGAACCCAAAAUUUUGAUGACGGGGAAAUGGAACGAGUCUAUGAGUUACCAACCUUGUGAUAUGGAAGGGGAGCCACUUCCAAACACAGAACUAAAAGAGGUUUGGCAUGUCGCUAAGACACCCGAGAACGACAAAUAUCAAUACACACACUUUGCACAUAAGAUCAAUAGUUUCGAUACCGCCCCUAAGAAGUUGUUGGCAUCGGAUUCACGGUUGCGCCCUGAUAGAUACGCCUUAGAGAAGGGUGAUCUAUCCAAAGCAGGAUCAGAAAAGAGCAGUUUGGAAGAGAGGCAACGAGCUGAAAAGAGAACUCGAGAGGCGAAAGGACAGAGUUAUAAGCCCAGAUGGUUUGAUUUAACCGAAGAAGUUACAUCGACUCCGUGGGGCGACUUAGAAAUCUACCAAUAUAAUGGUUUAUACACCAAACAUCGAACUGAGAUCGAUAGCUCUGGUUCAAGCAGUAACGACGAGGUUGACGUUAAAUCGAUCGAAUUCAACCCCUGGCAAUACGGGAACUUGUCGUCGACAGAUUAAAGCUCUCCUCUCCUCUCCUCUUGUGUUAUUUGCUUGGCUUCUUCAGAUAGUUGGUGAUAUCUUUCAGCAUUUGAUAUUAUAGUUCUUAAUGUGUUGUUUGUUUAUAAAUACAUAGAGCUUUUACACUGUAACUUUGUUAUCAAAAUCUUUGCCACUUAUUUUGAUCAAUCCUUCACCUUUUUCUACCAA